CCUAAGAACAUCUCCGAGCAAGGUAUGAACUUUAAAGGUUUUGGUUCAAUCAACUUCGAAUCAACUUCUCACUUUGUCUCCCACCAUGCCUUCCACAGACUUCACAAAUAUUAAUAUCAAAUGUCUGCAAAUCAGCAGAUCUCCCCAAAUCCCAAUCCACCUCCUUCUUCUUCAGCUUGGACAGAACCUCCUUGGUCAGGUUGGAUAGAGACUACUGGCGAUGCCUUACUCAUCCUUGAAGCUGCUCGUCGUGGUUUAAUACCAAGAGUAACUAGGCGUCUAGUCGAUUCAGAGCGCAAGAUGAUAACAUCUGGCUCAGUCUUUGUAUUCGACGAGGACGAGAGCGGUAUUAAGCGCUGGACCGACGGCUUCUUCUGGAGUCCAAGCCGUAUCCUAGGCAACUUUCUACUUUAUCGCGAGACCGACAAGCGUGGCGCAGGUCAUCGAGGCGUUCGUUCUGACCCUGCCGAAAUGAACGAACACUCUCAGUACAACGUGGACGGCGUUCGCCUCGAGGGUCAGACUUUAAGCCGUCCCAAAGGAGAGUCCAGCUCAAUAGGUAUCGACAAACACAGAGAACGUGUUCUCGUUGGCAGUCUCACAAACAGCUACAAGUUCAAGUCUGACGGCCUCAUGAAGAAGACCUUUUCCUUGACCAUUGGUGGUGUAUCUCAGCAUCUGAUAUCCUACUACAAGGUCGAGGAUGUGGAGCAAGGGCGCUUACGUUCUCCUUCAUCACUUCCUGAAUUGGCUUCUUUGGAUAUCAGUCCAGAAUACCUCGACAAAACACAUUUCCGCAACCCUCCCAAAGUCGAGAUUGGUGUGGAUGGUGUCCCUCGUUACCGCGGAGAGGCAGAUGACAUUGAAUCCGGCACUUCCAUGAUCACCGCUCCUCUUUCGUCUGGACUUCCUCUUCUUACCGACGGUCGCAUUACUGAUGGAAAACGAGGCGCGCGCUACAACCCAUAUGCCACCGGCAGUGGCAAGCGCUCUCGCAAAUCCAAGAGCUCUCAGCCAGAGUCAUCAUCUCCGACAGAGCACCAUGCACCCCCUCUGCCAUCCCCAUCGACUCCUACUGCAUCCCAAGCUCCGCCUCCCCCUGCAUACCCUGACCAAGCAGUCUCGAGUCUCCCUCCCCAGCCUCAUUAUUCAGCAUACCCGACCCCUUCUUACUACGGCGUUCCAGGAUAUUCCACUUCCCACUCCACUUCCCAUUCCGCCACACAUUCCGCCACCCAUCCUCCCGUAUACUCGGGUUCGUCGUACCCCACACCGUCCCCGACGACUCCUCACCAGCCAUCCCCAACUCCGUCCCAGCCGUACCCAUACCCUGGGUACAACAGCGCAUCAGCCAGCGCUGACACGCAGCAGAAUUUGAUUCCUCACCACCCACCUGCCUCGGUGCCUCAAAGCAACUACUAUCAGUACUACCCGCCGGCAGCCUCACAACCUUCAUACGGUAGCUACCCUCCAAACAAUACCUGGCCAGCGCCAACUUACGCCAAUUACUCUUCCUCAACAUCUGGUUCUUCCAGCGCACCACCGCUUGCAGCCACUAUAGCUGAGCUACCCGACAAACCCUCGGAAGGCCGCGCGGCACCGGAAGCCGGCGCCAACAGUCCUACAUGAGACUCUUCGUUUAGAUUGUAUUCUCUACGUGUUCCGUCAUUUUUCCGCCUCUUUCCGGUUUUCUUUCGCUCUGUUGUCCCACUCGAUCGAGUACUUUGUUUCAAUAGGUCUAUUUCGCAUUCUCUCCCAUUUCCAUUUCCAUUUCGUUUUCAUUUCCCUCUUCGUUCGUUCUUUCGGGGAUUCACUAUAACUAGUAUUCCAUAUCGGCCCUUGGCUUGUAUAUAUGUACGAGUGCAAGUGUGUCGUGGUUAGUUUUAGCGUUAGCGUGACUUUGGUCGAUACGGCCCUUACCUAUGCGCUCUCUUUCAUAUUAUAAUUCUCAUGCUGGUGUUCGUCUUCAGUUGAUAAGUACUGUACUACCUGUUUACCUUGUGCUGUGGGUUACAUACGGAAUACAGCAUGCAUACCACUAUCC